UUUUCUUGAGUACUUGGGUCAGGGGUAGAAGUUGAUGUGGGUUGAAAUUCCUAUAGAAAUUGAGAUCCCCUAAGCUUCUUAUCAGCUUCGUCCGCCGCUGGUCGAAUCCCCGCUCGUUCAGGGUGUGAAGUCGAAUUUUUUCCUCCUGAUCAAUGCCGCGUCGAUUUUAGCCGCACCAUGAAUAUGUGGAUGAAAUUGACAAUACUUUUUCUCAAACUCUCAUGGACUGUCUAUUUUGUAGCAGCCAUCCAAAGGAAAGACAUUUUCCCCUAUGGGCCAGACAACGGCGAUUUAAUUCUUCAGGAGGGCGACGAUGAAACCUCCAAAGCGCUCGAGCUAAAGAAGCCCAUGUUCUUCUAUGAAGCGCAGUUCAGUGAUUUAUACGUGGCCACAAACGGAAUUAUAUCCACCCAAGACCUGCCGAUGGAGAAACAGUAUGUGGACGACAGCUUCCCCACCGACUUCCCCGUCAUCGCGCCCUUCCUGGCCGACAUCGACACAAGCCGCGGGAAAGGGGCCAUCUAUUACCGGCUGGAGGAAUCUCCCCGCGUGCUCAACCGGAUUGCGCAGGAAGUGAACCGGGGCUUCCCGGAUGCCCGCUUCACACCCUCCUACGCGGUCAUCGCCACCUGGGAGAACGUGGGGGCUUACGAGGAGCUGACCCGUAACUCUGGGCCGUCCAAUAGGGUGAACACCUUCCAGGUGGUGCUGGGGUACGAUGAGACGGACUCCUACGCGCUGUUCCUGUACCCCGAGGACGGGCUGCAGUUCUUCGGGACCCGGCCCAAGGAGUCCUACAACGUUCAGCUGGAGCUCUCGGCCCGAGUGGGCUUCAGCAGGGGCGAGGUGUCCUACUUCCUCUUCUCCCGAACCGAGGGGCCCUAUUACAGCCUCACCAGCAACGAGCAGAGCGUCAAACACCUCUACCAACUGGGGAACACCGGCGAUCCCGGGGUCUGGCUGUUCCACAUUGGCAACGGCUUCUCCUUCCAGAACGUGGUCCCGGCCUCGCUGGGCGGGCCGGUCCCCACGGCCCCUCCCAUGGGCCGGGACCCCAGGCACAGCACCACCCCCGAGUACCCCGAGGGGGACUACCCAGACCCCGACGAUCCCUUCUAUGACCCGACGGACGACGACUACCCCACCGUCCAGCCCGACUCCGAAUUCCUGCGCCCGGUGCAGCACGGCCCCACCCAGCUCCGCCCCUCUCUCACCGGGGUACGCGAGCCGCAGGCUCUGCCGGACCAGCCGCGCCUCCAGCCGUACGGCGGGGACCUCCCGCUGAACUCUGACCCCCGGCACCCCGAAGCGCUGCCGCCCUCGUCCGCGGGCUCGGGCCCCGGGGAGUACCCCUUGCCGGAGCCCCGAAACCUCCCCCGCGAGGACGCCCAUCAGCACCCCCCUCCUCGCGCCGGGUCCGAGGCCUUCCCCGGGCGAGAGGGGACCCCCCUCCUGGAGAGCAGGCCACCGCACGGCCUCGACCACCACGUGGUCAGCGUGGACGAGGACGUGAAUUUCGACUCUGGGGUGAUACACUACAGCACGGAGAGCAAAGAGACCUGCGCCAGGCUCCCGCACCACUGCUCCCAGAACGGCUUCUGCACCGACUACCCCUCCGGCCUCUGCUGCCACUGCAGCACGGGCUUCUAUGGCAACGGGCGACACUGCCUGCCCGACGGGGCCCCGCAGCGGGUGAACGGAAAGGUGAGCGGCGCGGUGACGGUGGGCUCCACCCCCGUGGAGCUGGACAGCGUGGACCUGCACGCCUACAUCGUGGUGGGCGACGGCCGGGCCUACACCGCCAUCAGCCAGGUCCCGGAGCCCUUGGGCUGGGCCCUGAUGCCCAUGGCUCCCAUCGGGGGCCUGUUCGGCUGGCUGUUCGCCUUGGCGCUGCCCGGCCAUCAGAACGGCUUCACCACCACAGGUGCUGAGUUCACGCACUUCGCAGAAGUGAUCUUCUACCCCGGAAAGCAGAAACUGACCAUCGUCCAGACGGCCCAGGGCCUGGACUCGCAGAACUACCUCAGCUUGCAGACCCGAAUUCAGGGUAGUGUGCCCUUCAUCUCCCCCGGGGCCACGGUGCAGAUUGAGCCCUAUAAGGAGAUGUACCAUUACUACCCCUCAGUGGCGACGUCCACCUCGGUGCGCCAGUACACAGUGGUGUCGGCCGAGAGCGGGUCGGAGACCUUCUCCUACCAGCUGCGGCAGAACGUGACGUACAAGGACUGCCGGCACGGGCCUCGGGCCAGCCCCGACACCCAGCAGCUGCACGUGGAGCGCACCUUCGUCAUGUACGUGCAGGAAGAGCACAUCCUCAGAUACGCCAUCACCAACAAGAUCGGGCCCCUGGGAGCGGAGAUCUCCGAGCCCAACCCGUGCUACUCCGGGACCCACGACUGCGACACCCUGGCGCAGUGCCUGCCCGGCGAGGGCCAGCAGUUCCAGUGCCAGUGUGCCACUGGGUACCGUGGCGACGGGCAUAGCUGUUAUGACGCGGACGAGUGUGCGGAGGGCGUGGCCGUCUGCGGGGCCCACUCCCGCUGUGUGAACCUGCCAGGAAGCUACAGGUGCCAGUGCAACAGCGGGUACCAGUUCGGCUUCGAUGGGCGCACCUGCAUAGAUGUGGACGAGUGCCGGUCCCAGCCUUGCCACGCCGACGCCUCCUGCUCCAACUCGCUGGGGUCCUUCGAGUGUCACUGUCGGGCCGGUUUCCAUGGGGACGGUUUCCAAUGCGUUCCUCAGGACGUACGGCCAGAGCGUCCCAGGACCCAGUGCGAGCAGCACAGAGACAGCCUGCAGGGGGGCCACGGGGGAUACUCCGUCGUCGGGGCCUUCGUGCCCCAGUGUGACGAAGAGGGCCAGUACAGACCCCUGCAGUGCCACGGCUCCUCAGGGCACUGCUGGUGUGUGGACAGUAGGGGGCAGGAGCGAGCGGGGACAAGGACGCCCCCCGGGACUCCGCCCACCAACUGUGACCAGCCAGUUCAACCUCCGCGCCCCAAGACCCAGUGCGAGCAGCACAGAGACAGCUUGCAGGGGGGCCACGGGGGGUACUCCAUCGUCGGGGCCUUCGUGCCCCAGUGUGACGAAGAGGGCCAGUACAGACCCCUGCAGUGCCACGGGUCCUCAGGGCACUGCUGGUGUGUGGACAGUAGGGGGCAGGAGCGAGCGGGGACAAGGACACCCCCCGGGACUCCGCCCACCAACUGUGACCAGCCAGUGGCCCCCACUCAGCGGUCGGAGACGGUGUGCGAGCGCUGGAGGGCCAGCCUGAUCGAGCACUACGGGGGCCAGCCUGCCUCGCACAACUACCUGCCGCAGUGCGACUCCCUGGGCCAGUUCAGCCCCCUCCAGUGCUACGGGGACAGCAGCUACUGCUGGUGCGUGGACAAGGACGGCAGGGAGGUCCCCGGGACGCGCUCCCACGACGCCGUCAAGCCCGCCUGUGUUCCAACUGUGGCCCCUCCCACCGUGCACCCGUUGCCGCGUCCCGACGUGACCCCGCCCCCCUCCGGCACCUCCCUCCUGUACGCCCAGGGUCAGCAGAUCGGGGUGUUGCCUCUGAACAGGACCCAAAUGGACAAGGAGAGGGCCUCUGUGCUGCUGGCACUGCAUGGAUCCAUUGUGGUCGGAAUCGACUAUGACUGCCAGGAGAAGAAGGUUUACUGGACGGACCUCGCAGGACGGACGAUCAACAGAGCAAGGCUAGAGACUGGAGCAGAGCCGGAGACAGUCAUCAACACGGGUCUGACCAGUCCAGAAGGUCUGGCCGUGGACGGACGGCGCAGGCUCAUGUUCUGGGUGGACAGCGGACCGGACAAGAUCGAAACGGCCAGCCUGGACGGCAACAACAGACGGGUCCUCUUCGGCACCGAGCUGGUCAACCCCCGCGCCAUCAUCGUGGACUCCAGUGCCGGGUAUGCUCCUCCCCUCCAAAACUCCCCUCAGACCUUUUUUAACGGAUGUGUCACAUGGUCGUCUGGAACGCCCCGCCCUCCUCACUCUGCAGGAAGUGACCAGUUCUGCAUCUUCAUUGAACAUAUUGCCCUGUGCUCCCGUCCUUUUAAGAUGUAAAUCCCCUUUGUGAGAGGACAGGAUAAGGGAUGCGGAGAGUAACAGAAGGACUGUGGCAAAAAGCAAGGGGACACAGUGGGGGGUUCUCCUCUUGAAGCCACAGCGUACUGUCAGAGCCACCUACCACCAGGGAG